CUACAAUAUCAAGGUACACUGACGACUUAUCCUAUAUCAAUUCACAGUCGCUGAAGAAAGGAAUAUAACAACAUAAUAUAUCAUAAGAAACAAAGUCGAAAUGCGACACUACGAAGGUAUAUGGCGGAAGCGCGACGUGCUACCGUUUUGGAUUUUACAAAUCUUCUUCAUUGUUAUCUCUAUUGUCGCCGCAGCCUUACUUUUCGUUGGCGCGUCCUCCGUAGAGCGGCAGCAGAGCGAGAUCGAGUCGUCUAGUCUCUUUACGAUCGUGUACUUAGGCUACGAGGCUGAUGUCCUAAUCAAGUACGCGCGGAUCAUGGGAACUAUUACGCUCGUCCUCGGUGUUGGCACUCUUAUCUUUGACAUUAUUGAGGUUAUACUAUGCGCCGGGGGCCGGUUCAAUCCAGUUGUACUGCUCUCAUUCGCAUGCAUCAAGACUCUGAUCUGGAGCGCAUACUUCAUCACUGCUAUCAUUGCCACGGCAGCCGGUUCGAUUUUCGGUGCAUUGGGCUUAUUGAUAGGCGUAGUACCCGUGAUCACGAGCAUUGCGCAGCUCGUCUGUGGUAUCAUAUACACGAAUCGCAAACGAAACGGCCAGCUCUCAAACCAGUUCAAUCACAAGUCUAUCAGAGACGACGGGAGUUACGAUAUGGUGUACGAUACUAGAGACCGAUGGAACUAUUUUUGAGAAGCAUGCCGAACUGUAUUAGAAAACUGUAUUAGAAAACUGUAUUAGAAUAGAACACGGGGCUGGCUUUUAGGGGGGUAUUUUGGCGGAUGGUAAAUGAGCGUUCAUCGACCGGCGAUCGAAAUAGAAUAGCGAUUACCGAGACUUCGUGGGGCUUGAGCUUGAUGGUCUCUCGGAUGGGGGCCAAGCAUGUUAAACGUAACUGAGUUGAUAGAAUAGAUCAUGAGUGUACAACGAUUAAGUCCUUUCGAGUUAGUUAGGUAUUUUCCCGAAGUGCUACAAAGAACAUCAUAAGGCUGUUGUCCCUGACAUAAGGGGUCGAGCGUAGGUCGAACAUGUCUCAACCACCUUGUUUGAGUUCCUUAAUAAAAAUUGACGC